GUGGUCGUGAGCUCUCGAGACUCCCAGCAACCCUGUGAAGCACAUAUCGAGCCUGGCGGACUUCACGGUAUAUCUGCAUCUGUGCUGCCUGCAGUCACACGGUGCCAUCACGCACUGACAGCUAACUGCACGGGAACAAGUGCAGAGGAACGGACAAGCAACUCGACUCCAGUUUCCCCUGAACACCAAAGCGCUGUUUUUAGUAACGACUGAGUGAAGUGAGCCAGCUGCUAAACCAGAGUAUGAAGAAGACUCCAAAUUCAGCCCUGAAGAGAUCCUUUGAGGUGGAGGAUGUUGACACCUCAUCUCACUCUUCACCCGGCUCACGUCGGACAACCAAUGCUCCUCAGCGUAACGCCAUGUCUCCCACCAGCAUCUACUACCGUGACCUGGGCACUGCCACCCCUGCCACCAACAACAACAACCUCAACUACACCCAACCCCGCCCAAUCUUGGGUGGGGGAGGCUCCAAGACCCCUGAGCCUGUGUCACGCCGCUCUGAACUUUCCAUCGACAUCUCUUCUUCCAGCAAGCAGGUGGAAAAUGUCACCAGCCCUGCUUCCAUGCGCUUCGUCAGCAAUAGUGCCCUGAAACGCCCUGAAGUCUUGGGACACUCGAGGACCCCCGAGAUGAGCCACAAGAGGGAGGUAACGUUUGCUAAAGCGCCUGCCGACUCCCCGGUGAUACGCCGUAAUGAGGGCAACAACAACAACAAUGGCAGCAACCGAAUCCCUGAGCAGCAUCAUGCUCGCAAGUUUGAGCCCCCUAGUCCUGGGGAUAUCCGUAAACCUGACAUCAGCGUCACCAGAGCUCCUCCAGAGAACAAUGGCCACCAUCCAGCUGUGCAUCACCCACACCACCCCAAUCCUCACCACAACACCAUCGUCACCACCUUCCGGUGCUCCUCGCCUAACCAUGCUGGACGCAAAUCCCCCAACCCUGACAGGUCAGAGGUCAAUCUGAGCCAUAGCAACAUGUCUGAGUCCGCCAAGCCCCAACAACCCAACCCGCAAGGUAAGGGGGAAAAGACCCAUGGCAGUGACUUCAGCUAUGUGGGCAUUGAUGCCAUCCUGGAGCAGAUGAGGAGGAAAGCCAUGAAGCAAGGCUUUGAGUUCAACAUCAUGGUUGUGGGGCAAAGUGGCCUGGGGAAGUCCACCCUGAUGAACACACUGUUCAAAUCCAAGGUCAGCCGUAAGUCAGUGCAACCCAACCCGGAGGAGAGGAUCCCCAAGACAAUUGAGAUCAAGUCCAUUAGUCAUGAUAUCGAGGAGAAAGGAGUGAGGAUGAAGCUGACAGUUAUUGACACUCCAGGCUUUGGGGAUCAAAUCAACAAUGAAAACUGCUGGCAACCCAUUAUGAAGUUCAUCAAUGACCAGUAUGAAGUGUACCUGCAGGAGGAAAUCAACAUCAACAGAAAGAAAAGGAUCCCAGACUCCAGGGUGCACUGCUGCAUAUACUUCAUACCUCCCACUGGCCACUGUCUUAGGCCCCUGGAUGUGGAGUUCAUGAGGCGCCUCAGUAAGGUGGUCAACAUCGUCCCUGUCAUCGCCAAGGCCGACACGCUCACCCUGGAGGAGAGGGACUACUUUAAACAGACGAUUCGGGAAGAGCUGCGAGCCAAUGGGAUCGACGUUUACCCCCAAAAAGAGUUUGACGAGGAUGCGGAGGACAGGCUGAUCAAUGACAAAAUCAGGGAGAUGAUCCCUUUUGCUGUGGUAGGCAGUGACCAGGAGUACCAAGUGAAUGGAAAGAGGAUUCUGGGAAGGAAAACAAAAUGGGGCACCAUUGAGGUUGAGAACAUUGCACACUGUGAGUUUGCUUACCUGCGAGACCUCCUCAUCAGGACACACAUGGAGAAUAUCAAGGACAUCACAGGCAGCAUCCACUACGAGACUUAUCGUGUCCGCCGGUUAAACGAAUCCAAUGCCCAUUUCAGCACUCACCCGUCCGACCAUCCUUCUGGUCAGCCAAAGGCCAACGGUCAGCCCGAGGAGCAGCCCAGCACCCUGCAGCCCAAUGGAGUGGCUGCCCAGCAUGAAGCCAUGUCCCAUGAGAUGUAGAGCGGAAAUCACCAAUAUAUGAUAUCAGGACACAGCCAGGCACAAAACAUGCAUUCACACACAUAUUUUCUGUUUACAUGAACAAGCCCACACACACGCAAACACAGACUCAUGCUGUGAAGCCCUUUUUUGUUAGUCAGAGGAACUACCUAACUGCAGCUUUUAAUUUUUCAGGAAGUUCCAAGACACAGGAUGAAGAGUAAAUUCCUAUAUUUUUCUUCCGUGGGAUGUUUUCUUGUCUUUUUCCAUUCUGAGCUAAAUUGGGUCCUCACUGUAGAUGCACAUAUUAUUUUUCCUAAUUCUUUCCUAAGUGUGCAGUUCAGUCUACAUUCAUACUUGUUUACUAUAAACACACAAUUUGUCAAAUCAUGGAUAAUCGCUGAUAUACAUCUUAAAAUGCUUCAGUACUGAGCUUUGGAAGUUGUCAGGUCUGCAGUGGGGUGCAACACGGAGUAAGUAACUCCGCUGUAAAACAAGAUUAUAAUCAGACUUGGUUUGUACGGUUUAUUCAGCCAGAGGUGUCAAGAAGAUGAGAUCUGGCAUAAUUCAAAAUGAAGUACAGUGUAUCAAUUUAUAACGACUCUAAACUAGCAAUAACUUGGUGCCAUUGUCCUGGUCUGCUUUGUGUUGUGGUGUAUAGUAUUGUAUAGUUAGGGUUACGUAGGGAUGUUUAGACUAGAUUUAUGGUGUUAUGGAGAAAGUAAAAGUAUUUGACACCUCCACACUGUGAAAUGAAAAAGAAAGCGACAGCAGUGUGGAGCAGGAAGAAAAUGACUCCCUCUUGUCGUUUUUCCAUCGUGUUAUGAUGUUUUUAAAACCCCUUUUUGCCAAACCAUACUGUCUCUUUCUAUAUAAUGCCAAUGUUGUGUAAUGCAGUCAUGUUUCAUUUUACAUUGCUCAUUUAUUGUUGUAUUUUUAUUGCUGAUGUUCAUGUUCUAAUAUUAUUGUGUAAGAUGGGGUGCACCUGAUGUCCCAUACAGCCGUUUUGUCUGUUUUCCUCACUGUAAACCAAAUAAAAGUUGAUUUUCUGUCCUGAAGAGAAGCACAUACAGAAUAUAGAGUUGAUUUAUGGUUAUGUAUUUAUGUGUAUGUUUCAUGUAAUCCAUUUAAUUCAGCUUUCAUUCCUCGUUCUCUUCAUUAAUUGCACGUCUUAAUCGGUGAUGAUGAUUUAGGCUUUAGACUGUGUUUUUCUUUAUUACUGUAUGUUUUACCAUGUUUGCAAGACUGCACUAAUAUCUAGCAACAGAUUACUUCCCCUGCUAGUGCAGUCCAGUGGUCGAUAAUUGUACAGUGAGUAUUAAUAACUGCACACAAAUCCUGCCCGUGGAUAAUGAUAAAAACAGACAUUAGAAUGAAAGCUUUUUUUCAGUCGAGGAUGUUCUGCAACAACUGUGAGAAGGAAUUGGUGCCUCAAAACCUGAAAUAACAGCUUUAAAUUUACCAGUAUUUUUGGAAACGUGUGCAUUCAUAUGAGCUCCAUGGCAUAUUUUCCAAAGACUACAUAAGACAACAUAGAAUUCUAAUUUCAAAAAGACAACAUUGUAAAUGAAGCAUAUUUUUCAUACGUGAGGGAUAAUAAAUUCGAAAAGAGCACAAUUAUCCGGAGAGAGUUAUUGGGCUACACUUGGUUUACCAUUGUAUAGUUCUUGUGGAAUUUGUCAUAGUAUUAUAGAUCAAGGUUUUAUCUUUAAUAUGCUAUCGAAAAAUAAAGAUUGAUAUUUUUAUUGUUGAAA